UUAUUGGAUACUUUAAUGACCUCUUCCUGCACAGCGGUCAUGUCUGUCAUCACCAUCAGCUCAAUAACACACUCGGAGAAACGCAAUGCUAAUUUGAACAGCUGAAUACAUAAAUAGCCACAUGCGUCGCCUCCUAUGGCUGACGGCACGGCAGUGACACCAACUGCCACUGUCCUCAGCAACAUCACCAGCAACAGCAGCACGCCCACCACAGACCAGGUGGCCAAGGUGAUUGGCUGGCUGACCUUCAGCCUUGGGCUGCCUGCCAUCGGACUGGCUAUUUACACCCUCCAGCACCUGGCCAAAGGACAGAAUAGAGUUCCCAUCUACAUUGUCAGCCUCCUGGUCUCUGACAUCCUCAGUUUCUUGGGGCGGCCCCAGACGCCAACAGAGACUGUUCUCUCCUCAGAUGUCACCAACCUCCUCUUCUACUUUGGCAUUGUCUCCAACAUCACCUUCAUGGUGUGCAUAGCCCAGGAUUGCCAUCUGCUGGUGGCCUACCCACAGUGCCAUGGCUGCUGCAGCACUCUCAGGCAGUCUGCAUUGGUGUCCCUGAUAGUCUGGGCCGUCCCGUUUGGCGUCCUGGCCCUUGCAGUGCUCAAGUACUACUUCUGGUUCGCCGUGGCCCUCCUCACCCCUUUCCCCUUCCUGCUGUUCUUCAGCGUGGAUUCAUGGAGGGCACUUCUCUGCUCCAGAUCCACUCCUCGCAGCCCAGAGAGGACGAGGAUGGUGUGGGGGCUGGGGGUGAUCUUGGCCAACUACACCCUCCUCUAUGUCCCCUUCAUCCUCAACGUGCUCCUGGAGUCUCUGUCGUUUAAAGAGGAGGUGCGCUAUCUUGGGCUGGUGUCUCACCUGAUGCUCUACCUCAGCCCGCUAGUGGACCCCUUCCUGUACAUAUUCAUGACAAAAGGCCCCAGAGAGGUGAUGGAUGCCUUGCCCUGCUGUAAGAAGAGGCAGCAGACGGAGGACAGGAGGUCCACGGUGGACACUGUGGCCGAGGUUGUAGAGACACGACUCUGA